AUGGUGCCAAUGUUAGAAGAGUAUAAAGCUACCAUUGGGAUUGAUUUCAAAUCAAGAAUCAUAGAACCCCCGAUUGGAUUAAAGCCUGCAAGUGUGAUAGCUGAAUUCCUCAACUUGAAGACUUCUCAAGUGGAAAAGCUGAUUAAGUCAAAUACUGGGAGAUUCUCCUUAUCCUUUCUAAUGGCAAAGUACUCCAAAUUGCCAAAGGAAACUGGGAAUAUUUCUGCGAAGGUUUUCAUUCUUGCUUUCUUUGGGUUUUUCUUAUUCCCUAUAUCAAGAACCGGGUUGAAUCCUCUAGUUGCAGAACGACACAUGCGCAUUCAAGAAAUUUGUUCAGCCGUCAAUCCUAUUGAGAGGUACCUUAAAAUCCAAGAGAAACUACCCAAAUACUUCUUCCAUGAAUGGGCUAACUUCAUCAGGGCCUUGACUCCCGACCAGUUCCAAUGGAGGAUCAAGUGGCCAAAGAUAGUCAAAGCUCGGAUUACUUGUCAAGAAGGCAAUUUGGUGCCAUUGCUUGGUUUGAAUGGUGGAACCACCUAUUGCCCAUUAAGAAUUGUGCGACAAUUUGGAAUGAUUCAAUACAUACCACCUGGUUGGCAUCCCGAGGAGUUCACAUUCGCGAUACCACAAGGAUCCCUACCGGAAGAAGAAAGUAGAAAGUUGCAAAAAAGAGUUGAUAAAAUUAUCGAUUCUUUAAAGAGAUCAACUGAGCAAAUGGUGAAAUGGCCCGAAGAUUUGAAAGGAGAGAUGAAGCUCUACUUAGCAUCCAAUGAAUACAUAAAGUGGUUGAAAGCUAAGCGUCCAAUUGACAUUGAACCGUAUAUACCAUUGAGUGUUACCAUUAACCUCGAUGAGCCAUAUGUCCCAGAGUACAUUAUGCCGAAUACACCUGGUGUGGAGCCAUAUAUUCUUGAAGAAGUUGUGAUCGGUGUAGAAGAAUGGGAAGCACGGGUAACAUAG